AUGGCUCCGAAUCCAUUCAUCCUUGCGUCCGACAACAGUCCAGAAUUAUUGCCAUUGUUGCGCGCGAACUCGGGUUUGGCUUCAUCGCAGGACGAACACGGCUACUCUCUUGUCCACGCAGCAGCCAGCUACAACCACCUUGACUUGUUGCGGACACUAGUUCGGGACUUCGGCGUCGAUGUGAAUAUCAAAGACGAGGACAAUGAGACUGCACUGUUCGUCAUAGAAACCCCAGACGCCGCCAAGGUCCUUGUGGAGGAGCUUGGCGCCGACAUUCUUCACAAAGGCUCCGAAGGGUUGACCGCCAGGGAGAAACUUGAAGGCGAAGGCGAAUUUCCCGAAGUUGUUGCAUACCUCAUGACCAAGGAAUCUGAACAUGAUAUCGAGCGUACGAUCUCCAACGCGAUCCCUGAGUCGAUACCUCCACCCCCAGAGGGCUUGCGAGUCACCAUGGGUACCAUGGACCCAGUUGAAGAUUUACCCUGCGAUGUCGACAUUGAGUUUCGCCGCCGAAUCGAGGAGCUUGCACAGCGCGACGAUUUCGACACACCACAAGGUCAAGCAGAUCUGCGCAGGUUGGUUGAAGAUGCUAUUUCGGACCAGGGGCUGGGUGACCAGAGGGCUGUCUGGUCGAGAAUGGACUGA